CGACGUUUAGGGUUCCGACGUCGGUUGUCACGUGACCAGAUACAAGUCGCGGCGGAGCGGUUUGUUUAUCCCCUUCGUGCCCCGGCUCCUCCAGUUCAAGUCGACCGACGAAAUGAGCGCGUGUCUGCUGGGCGAGGAGAGCUUCCGUCAGUGCUGUUGGCGCUUCCUUAAGCUGUCUGAUCGCUUGAGAGAUGGCUGGAGUUGGGAGCCCCUCCAGGGUUCGGAGGAGGGCUACAUGAGAAAGACCGCUCUCCGCUCGGUCUCCGUCAAUUCCGGGCCCACGUGGAAUCCUCACGGCUCUCGUUCCGACAAAGAGUCGCCCGCUUCUUGCCACUGCGUAUGUCGUCAACGAGAACAGGCCGCCGCAACCGAGCAAGCGGAUGUCGAUGGCACCCACGACGACUUGGAUCCCGGCUACGAUGACGGCGUCGUGUCUGGAGGCGGCAGUCGCGUGCUUCGGUUGGAGUACCACAUCCUGUAUUCCUGCAGCUACAUGGCGCCCGUGCUCUAUUUCCGAGCGUCCACUCUGGAGGGGAGGAGUCUUUCUCUGGACCAAGUGUGGUCUUGCGUCCAUCCGAGCUUCAGGUCGCGGCUUCAGCGCAGCCCGCUGACAACCAUCACGCAGCAGGAGCAUCCCCUGCUCGGUCAGCCUUUCUUCAUGCUCCAUCCCUGUAAAACGGAGGAAUUUAUGAGACCGGUCCUGCAGUUGGAAAGAGAGCAACAUGGGCAAAUGAACUACAUUUUGACAUGGCUGAGCGCGGUGGGCCCCCUGGUGGGUUUGGAUGUUCCCCUGAAGUACUCCACCCUGCAGCCUCCCGCUAGUCCACCCGAAGCCUGUCUUCAGCCCUCUUGACCAUCCGGACUGUGGAGGUCACUCAGAGCUGAAGCCACUGUGACGCGACAGCACAAUGCGCACUAAAAUGACCAUCCGUCAGCUGUCGCGGACCUCAAAAAGCAUCCAGAUGCAGGAAGUCUCGAGAGGAAAGCGGUUCUGCUUGGCAAACGUGUAAAAAGGUGGUGCGCUUUGAUGACCACUAGAUGGUGCUGUUUAUCAUUGAACAAAAAUGCCUGCACUCGUCAUGCGCCGCACAGGACCUGGAAUCGAUACCCGACUUUUUUUUUUUCCUCUUAAAUUAAGAAAGGACGAAAAUCCGACGCACCUUUUGAGCCCACGCGAACAUAAUCUUCACUUGUGGAUAGCCGAGCCUUCUUUUUUUUCUUUUUUUUUUUUUUCCUUUGUAGCAGCAUCCAAACGUCACAGAGAUGACUCGGGCACCUGGUGGUUUUGGGUUCCGAUAAGGCCCGUGGAAGGACUGCCAAGCUAUGCGGCUGUCACCAUCGGGGCCCAAAAUGUGACUUUGGGAAAUCCCGCGCACUGCGGCUGACGAUGUGCAAAACGCUUGGCAGAUCGAGACUCCCCUUUCCUCGUCUCGUCUCCCUCCUGGCCCAAAACACUCAACCCUCUUGCCACCGCGACACUUGCAGUCCGCAGUAGAAUUCAGGUGCCCAGUCUUCAUGAGUGACAAGUGAGGAUUAGAGUUUAAAGAGCUGCUUAAAUAGACACUGCACGUGGCUGUUCUUGUUUGUUUGUUGUCCAUCGGCGGCAUGCAUUUAAUGAGCUUGUUUGCAUCUCGAAAGUAAGCCGCGUGUGCGCCCCCCCGUUUUGCACACAAGGCAUCUGCCGUGGGUAUUCUGGGUAAGAAAACGGAUCUUGUGAUCAAGGUCACAUGAUGAAUUCCGCGUGUAGAAUGCUCGUUCACGUGGGUUUGAGGGUCGAGAACGUUUUUGGGUGGUCGACUCUUGGUGUAGGUGGGCCAUCAUUUUCCCACGCGCUUGUAUUUAGUGAGAAUCAACAUUUGUAGAUACUUAAGGUAUAUUUCUAUUUUAAUAUCUCGAUUUGAUUAUUUUGUGGUGCUCUUGUCCAUUCUGCUCAUUAAAAAAAUUGUUAGCAUG